CCCUCUCAGUAGGCAGGUCUUUGGUCCAGACUCAGCCCACAGGGGGGAGUGGUCUUAUGAUGUAGCCGGGUUAUGAGCGCCGUUCCCCGGCCAGCCUUCCAGCUGUGACUUGCUGUGACUGCCUCUUUAUCCUCUCGCCCUUUCGGCGGUUCUCGCAGCAGGGGCCUGUCUCCGCUAAUCAAAGAUGGAGCUCCGGACGAGCCUCCCCGCUCUCCUCUUCCUCUCUGCCGUCGUCCUGCAGUCGGUGUCCGGCGCAGUUUCACGGACAGGACCGAAAGUCACAGAGAAGGUAUUUUUUGACAUAACGGUGGGAGGUCAUGAGGUGGGACGGAUCGUCAUUGGUCUGUUUGGAGAGGUCGUCCCUCUAACAGUGAAUAACUUUGUCGCACUGGCAACUGGAGAGAAAGGUUAUGGGUACAAAGGGACAAAGUUCCACAGAGUCAUCAAGGAUUUUAUGAUCCAAGGAGGAGAUUUCACAUCUGGUGAUGGGACUGGAGGUCACAGCAUUUAUGGAACAACUUUUGCAGAUGAGAACUUCAAACUGAAGCACCUUGGAGCAAGCUGGGUGAGCAUGGCAAAUGCUGGGCCAGACACCAAUGGGUCCCAGUUCUUCAUCCUAGCUUCCAAAGCUCCGUGGCUGGAUGGGAAACAUGUGGUUUUUGGCAAAGUCCUGGAUGGGAUGGCUGUGGUUCACACCAUUGAGCUUCAGGACACCAACGACAGGAACCUGCCAUACACAGAGUGUGUGAUCGUCAACAGUGGCAGGAUCCCUGUUAAAGAGCCCUUCGUAGUGGAGGUGGAGGGCUGGUAAAUGCCAAUGGUGCAAGACUGUCUGUAGGAGAAAUAUAUUAAUAUUUAUAUAUUAAUCAUUAGUCCCACUGAAAGCGUGCC